GUAACUUCUCUCGCAGUGUAGUGCGAUCCCCCGGCUGCAGUCUCUGCCUUGCUGCAGGACCACUAAUGCUGUUGCCACAAUGUAAUUCCAUCGUGUGAUGAACGUAGUCCCAGCACUUGCGUCUUAGUUCGUCGAAAAGGUCUUAUCUCUAGGAACCCUGUCCUCUGCAGUAGGAAGUAGCAGCGCCGUAUAAAGGAGACCACAGUUUCCGCCUCCGGCCGCAAUGAUGAAGACUCUGGUGAUCGUCCUGCUGUUGGCAGCUGCUGGAUCCGCAACAGUGGCGCAGUACGCACGCUACGAGGAGGUGGUGCGCAACCCCAAGGAAACGGACCUGCUGUACGGCUCCACCUUAGGACAUCGCAACGAGACGUGGUACUUCACCACCGCAGCCACCCUAACGUCCAUCAUCAUCCCAUCGCAGAUCAACUUCUGCGGCUCAGGUCCAUUGGCGAAUGGAAUGUACGACGAGGCGGUUGACCUUUUCGUGUACGAGACGAAACUCGCGAGCAGUGCGGCCGCGGUGAAGACGUACUUGGUAGCGUCUGGGUCCUUCAAGGGCGCCGUCAGCUACGGCCAGGAGCUGGACAUCCCGCUGUGGAACUCCACACUCAGUCGUGCUCCACGUGUCCAGAGUUACAUCAACCCCAGCAGCGGCUACAAGUACACGCUCAACAUCGUCUUCAAGACGACCGGCAUAUACCCGUGGUACACGACGAGGUCUCUGUCCACCUACUCCAUCGUCCAUGCUGGAACGAAUGUACCUGGUAUUGCUAUCGGACUGUCGUACGCUCUUGGCUAAAGGGUCAUGCCAAAUCAGGCCGUUACAGUUGUCAAAAACUCUGAUAAUAAAUUGAAGCUGAGCUGCAGACCAAGACAGCAGGCAUAUUUCGAUUGUUUUGUGUAAGCAUUAAGUCUGCUGACCAUGCUGUUUCAUGUAGGAAACUCAAAGCGAACUCCCUUUUCUAUCUGUACUUCAUUAAAAGUUGAUUCGUAAAAAUCUUA